CGCGGGCGGGAGCCUGCGGGGCGGGAGGCGGGGUGGGGCCGUGGCUCCCCUCCCCCGCCAGGCCGCGGCGUCUGACGUCCCGCGCGUCGGCGGCCGCGGAGCAGCGCGGGGAGCCAGGCGGGCUGCCGGCGGGUGUGAAGAAAAAAAAUGACACUCCAAUGGGCUGCAGUGGCAACCUUUCUUUAUGCCGAAAUAGGACUCAUUUUAAUCUUCUGCCUACCUUUUAUUCCUCCUCAGAGAUGGCAGAAGAUUUUUUCAUUUAAUGUCUGGGGUAAAAUUGCAACUUUUUGGAACAAGGCUUUCCUUACCAUUAUCAUCCUAUUGAUUGUUCUAUUUCUAGAUGCUGUGAGAGAAGUAAGGAAAUAUUCCUCAGUUCAUACCAUUGAGAAGAGCUCCACCAGCAGACCUGAUGCCUAUGAACACACACAGAUGAAACUUUUUAGGUCUCAAAGAAAUCUUUACAUUUCUGGAUUUUCACUAUUUUUUUGGCUAGUGUUGAGACGUCUGGUUACGCUUAUUACUCAACUGGCAAAAGAACUGUCAAACAAAGGUGUACUUAAAACUCAAGCAGAAAAUACUAACAAGGCUGCCAAAAAAUUUAUGGAAGAAAAUGAAAAACUAAAAAGGAUUUUGAAAAGCCAUGGUAAAGAUGAAGAAUGUGUUUUGGAAGCAGAAAAUAAAAAAUUAGUAGAAGACCAGGAGAAACUGAAAACUGAAUUAAGGAAGACUUCCGAUGCCCUUUCUAAGGCACAAAAUGAUGUGAUGGAAAUGAAGAUGCAGUCAGAGAGACUUUCGAAAGAAUAUGAUCAACUCCUGAAAGAACACUCUGAACUUCAGAAAAGCCACAGUCAGCCUGGAGCUGCUGCAUUCUUGGUCCCACUGGGCAGCUUCUACAUACUGGCCUUCGCACCUGGGCUCCAUAACCCUCAUCCCUCCAGCCCAAGAAGUGGUGGUGGCUUUUCUGCUAUUGAUAAUCCCAGAGGUGCCUUACCACCCUGUUUGGUGUGUGUACUUUUUCAUCACCUGUAAAACCAAUUUCCCAUAAUAUCUCUGUUGGAAGGAAAACAAAAUCUCAGCUCCGUAGUUUACCACUUCUGUAACCCACAGGUGACUCAUUUGACAUCUGUGCUCCUCAGGUACUUUACUACUUAAAUAAAGGUUGUAAUACCUUAUGAAAAUUAAACCAGAUCCUGUAUAGGAAAGCACUUUAUAUAUUUAUAAUCAAGAAUGCUAUUUAUUAUGUCCUGACUGGUUACAUUUUUUUCUUCACCUACCCAUCCCCCACCGUUGUCCAAUAUGAGACCCUGUAUAAGAUUCUCAGAUUUAGAUAUCAUUAAGAGCCCCAUUUUGUUUGUUUGUUUGUUUGUUUGUUUUUGGAGACAGUAUCUCACUCUGUCACCAAGACUGGAGUUCAGUGGCACAAUCUCAGCUCGCUGCAACCUCCACCUCCCCAAUUCAAUCGAUUCUUGUGCCUCAGCCUUCUGAGUCACUGGGACUACAAGCACAUGCCACCAUGCGCAGCUAAGUUGGGUAUUUUUAGUAGAGACAGGGUUUCACCAUGUUGGCCAGGCUGGUCUCGAACUCCUGACCUCAAGCGAUCCGCCCACCUGGGCCUUCCAAAGUGCUGGGAUUAUAGGCUUGAGCCACCGUGCCCAGCCGAGAACCCUUUUCUUUAACUCUUGUGCUUUAAUGUUCGUCUGAGCCCUGCUUGAGAAGCAAAAGAUAGUUACAGAUCCUCUAUGGUAAAAAGCUCUAUCAAAUUGUCCUCAUGAAUUUACUGCCGUUGUCAAACUAAUGUUAGAUAUUGAAUUAUAUGCUAAGGUUCUUUGGAACUAGCUUCCUGAAUUUUACAUAGUUGACAUACUUUCAUUGGAACAAUCAUAAAACGAAAGAUCAUUAAAAUAUUAAGGAAACAAAGGUUAAAGAGGGAAACACUGAUUUCUUUACUGUAAAUAGAUCCCAAUUUGCAUCUUUUAAAUCCUUUUGGAUUUCCCCAUCUGGUCCCCUCCCUGUUAUAGGCACUAAAUAAAUAUUAGAAAACAGUCCCUUCAAAACAUGUAGUCCUUUCCUUAUUUGCCCUGCCUCUCUUCUAAAAAAAAGAAAAACAGAACUAACUAGAGAUUAUUGGCUGCACAAACCCAUCAGCACCUGCCAGUUUUUAAAUUUCAUUUUGGAAAAUCAGCCAUCACUUAAGGGACUUGUCCAUAAUAGCUUCAUUAAAGCUUUGUUUUUUAUCAAAAGGGGGCCAUAUAUGUAAACAUGUGAAAGUAAUUUACCUCCUCUACCCUUGUCUUCUUAUUUGAUUGCAAAAGUUAAUGUUAUUAAAGUUGCUAUGGAAGCAUUAAUGUUCAGCCUGAACAAGAGCUUGACAAACUUCUUUAUACAAGCAAUAACACUCUGCAACCCCAUUUUAUGAGAUAUUUUUCAUGAUGUAGACAUUUACUUUCUUAGCACAAGUGAUCUCUUAAGAUUAAUUUCUAUUCCAUUUUCCUUCAGUUUUAAAUGAUGUAAUAUAGUAAUCUUUAUAACAUGAUCAGCCAAGUAUAAUUUGAGAAGUCAGUUCUGUUGGCAAAUAUCUGAAGGACAAAACCAAAGCCAUCCUAGCUGAGGUUUUUGUCCCUUCCUUCUUUCAUUUACCAAAAACCUUAAUUGGGUUAACAGUAGGGGAAUUUUAGAAAUCAUGUUUUCCUAGUGUAACCUGUGAAACAAAAGCAAAAUAGAUUAAGGCAAGGGGAAAAAUGAACUUAACAAGAGUGUUCUUUUUCCUAAGUAAAAACCACAAAUUUUAUAGUUUUUAAAAUUUUAGACUUUCUCAAUCCUUUUUUUCACAUUUAAUUAUUCUCAUAAGUAUACACAGAAGAGAGAAUGUUUUUUAAAAGUCCUUCUCAUGUCUAUGAAUCUGUUUCUCUUUGCUGUACUACAUAAAUCAUAUUUUUUUCCUUACAGGAUCGUUUAGAAAGAGGCAACAAGAAAAGACUGUGAACUUUAUAAAAGACACUUGCAAUAUACUGUGUCAAAAUGAUAAUUUUGUUAUGUUAGCCUCUAGAAAAUUUAAGUUCAGAAAAAUGCACUAUGACCGGUUCGUAAUUUUUUUAAUGCCACACAUAGGUUGUAUUGUAAUGGCAUUAUCAAAAUAUUUGAUAAUGUUUCAGAUAUAUUGCAAAGUCUGUAUUCCAGCUCUUAAGAAAAAUAUAAGCAUGUUAAAUACCAUAUUUACAUAUCGAUAAUGUCAUUGGUAUAUGGUGGCUGUUUACCAAUAAAAGGAAAAAAUUCAUUAACCGGUUGCUUCCAAAAUUAGAAGUUUUAAGUUGCAUGAAACCAUUAAUAGCCUUGAAAGCUUUGAUAAGUUUUCAGUAAUAAUAACCUAUUUAAUCAGAUGAUGAUGUGUUUGAAAAUAGUGUUCAAUAUCAGCAAAUUUGUACACAGGGAAUGUAAAUAAGGAUAACUGAUCAGAGUUAUCCACUGUAUUUAUAAGGAAGAGUCGGAAAAAACAAUGACCUUAGUUUUUUUUAAGCCUGAUGAUACUAUGGUUUACUCUAAUAAGAUAGCUAUAUUGAUAAUUAUAUUUUUGUUACUGUGCCCUUGCACAUUUUGGUCUUUUUGUUGAUAUUUUUAUUAAUAACACAUAAUUAGUAACCACUCUACUGUUUCAAGUUAAUCUAGUAAUAGAGCUUACAUAUAUUUGUAUAACUGCUGUACCAUUGAACUGAAUUUAUUUUACAACAGUGUAGAAUUCUUGAAAAGUUAACGUAGAAAAUUUCCAAAAAGCAGUAUUUCUAGAAAGUAUCCAAAAAGCAGUAUUUCUUUCCCUUGGUUGUGAGAGUAACUAAUUAUAUAAAUAUUACCUCAAAAAUACAUACACUGGUAUCACACAGUCUUUCCAAUGUUUCUGUAUUCUGAAAGCUAAAUAUUAAGUACUAUUUUUCCAUUCAAAUAUUCAUUUAGAAUUUCCUUUAGAAGAUGGCAGUGAUUAUAAUAUUAAUAUGAUUUCAUUUGUUCCAGUGUUUAGACAUGAAAUCAUCUUCCUUGUCUCAUGAAAACCUAAAUAUAAAAAAAAGGAAAAUACUGGAGUUUUUAUUUCUCUUGUCUUUGUUUCAUCCUCUGUUUAUUAUAAUUUUAGCACCAACUUCACACCUAGCUAAUUUUUUUCAUCAUAAAGUGGAUGAAAUGAGCAAGUACCUAAAAAUUUUAUUUCAGAUAAAAGUCAGGAGUUACUGCUAAAAAACAGACAUGUAGGAGACAUUCAACAGGAGUAAGAAAUAAGAGUUAGACCAUAUGGGCUGACAACACCAUAAAUAACAAGAAAAGGGAGUGCUGAAAUAGGAGAGAACAGAGCAAAUGUUAGCUCAAAGUAUAGACUUAGAAAUAUCAAAGUAAGAGCUAUCUGGAUAAAUAUAUAGAUAUUGAGUGCUUGGAAUCCUAGCCUACUAUGUGAAAAUUAAAUCUAAUGUCAGAAUAACUUACAGAAAAAUAGAAAAUGCACAGCUUUAAAAUGGGCAGAGUUAAAAUCUAAUCCCAGCUUUAUCACUUAUUUAGCCAUGCUAGCCUAGGCCUCUAUUUCCUUGUCUCCAAAAUGAGAAUAAUAAAAUUUAGGUCAGCAUUACUAUAUAAACUAAGAUAAUGUAGUGAUUCUCAAAGUUGUUCAGACUGUAUAGUAAGGAGAAAGUCUGGUUGCACUUUGAAGAGCUUGAAGAUUUGAAAGAUUCCCAAAAAAGCAUUUUAAAGUUUACAUUUAAGGGACCUUGGACCUCAGCCCUCUCAAGUUUACAAGUCUGAAACUUUAGACAUCAAAAGUUUGAGCAGUUUUUCCAAGGCAACAUUGAUAGUUAGAUUCAGGGCCAGGCUGUAAGUCUAGAAUUUAGAUAUCCUGAUCCCCCAGAUACCGCUCUUCUGUUUAUACACAGACCAGCUAUAAUUUGCUAAACAUAAAAUAUUGCAGUGUAUUAGCCAGCUGUGGCUCCAGAGUCUGUGCACUUUACCACCGUGCCCAACUGUUUCACAUGCUAUGUUUGGUAGUUUUUCCUGGUACUCUCCUUAAUAAUGGUGGUGUUUAGCAAAUUGUAUUACAUAAAUAAAUAUUUAUUUCAUGGAUUGA